CCUGAGCACUCAUUCGCCUGUCGCCAUUUCAAGUGCACUUUUAGCAAAAACCUCAACACUAACAAUAUGGUGUCCUUCGAAGAAGCCUCUGAACUCGCCAAGAAGUUCACCAAGAAGCCCACCGAUGCCGAAUUCCUGGAGUUCUACGGUCUCUUCAAGCAGGCCACCGUUGGCGAUGUGAACAUCGACAAGCCCGGCGUUCUGGAUCUCAAGAAGAAGGCUAUGUACGAGGCCUGGAGCUCUCAGAAGGGUCUGUCCAAGGAGGCCGCCAAGGAUGCUUACGUCAAGGUGUACGAGAAGUAUGCCCCCAAGUACGCCUAAGCCGGUUACCACUUCCCUUGCACUACCACUAACUUUUCAAGCAAUAAAGAUACCAGAACAGAUUUGAAAACAGUAA